AAAUAAAAAGUGGUAUUUUUGAUUUUAAUCCUGAUAAAAAAUUUAAAGCAGAAUGGUGCCUUGAUCUCCAUGGCUUUUUAACUCGCGAUGGGUUCAAAGAAAGACUUGAUAAAAUCAAUUAUCAUAUCAAGGAUUAUUCGCUGAUGAGCGAAAAAUUGAAGAUAAGGUUGUAUUGGUUUAGCGGCAUAUUGGCUAUUUUAGUAUUGGUAAUUGCAUCUGCUGCUUACCAAAACAGCCUUUCUAUUUAUUAUAGAAAUAGUUUGAGUUCCAAUAAUUUAAAUAAUCUCGAUAACUCUCAACCUCCCAGUUAUGAGAAUGCAAUCGCCAUCACCACAACUGUUGAGGCAUUGAUUGGUGCUUUAACAUUUCUUGCUAAAUAUCUAAUUGACCAAAAAUCAAAGGAGCUCGCUAAAAAUUUUGAAAAAAGCUUAAAAUAUUUGCUUACCGAAUAUAAUAAUCAGGAUAAUCCUACUGCCAAUUGGAGAUUUGUAUGGCGAUCAGUACUUUCCCAUUUCAAUAUAGAGAUAAAUGCAAAUUCGGAAGGAAAUUUUAAGGGCAAAGCCGUGCCGAAAUUCGUCGAACAUGCUGAAAUAGUGCUCGAAAUCAACGAUGCACUCUCUGAUUUAACUGCUCAUACAGUUCGCGUAAACAAUGAAAGUACAGACAUUGAAAGGAUAAUCUCUACGUUGUCUAAUGAAUGA